GAGACGAGUUGGGCAUCUCCUUAUCUCUGGCCCAAGUCGCGUUGUCAAUUGCGAAGCAGAGCGCUGUGAAAAGCCGAACGAAAUUCGCCGGUCCGAUUCGAGCCAUAGUAAAGUUGAUUUGUAAGUAAAUAUUAUUUGUGAAAGUGUCAUGUGUUAAUAAAAUGAAAUAUAUGAUAUUCAUAAAUAUGAUUAAAUAUAAAUAAAAUCAAAUCAACAAGUUAUAAAUUACAAUAUAUAUGUGAUAACUGGAUUUCUAUUAAAAUCCACUCAAUCUUGUUAAUUACAUAAAUUUUUCAUUCUACUUAAACCACCAUGCGUUUUCACGUCUAUAUAUGUAAACAUACAUAUGAUUGUGUACUCGCAGCGGCAAAUGUGUGACUUGGACAGAUAACGUUAAAGAAUACAUUAGUGCUUAUUUGAAGACCUUACCCCUCCUUACCUGUGAUUAUUCAAAUUGUUUCGUUCUGGCAGUAAAGCAAUAGUGAUGAGCUUUGUUAAAAAGUUUGGGCGGGACAAGGAGAAGUAAACAUUAGCUUACAAAUAAAUAAAGUGACUUACAAAUCAAAACAUUAUUUCUAUAUAAUAUCAAAUCUUCUAAGAAUGCGAUUUGUUUAUUCUCGAGGCAGUGUAUAAAUAAAAUUGCGGAAACAUUCCAUUUCGACUUCGACCAAGUGAAGUAUAAAAAUAUGUCGCAUUACGUAAUCGAUCUUCGUUCGGAUACGGUAAGUCUACCGACAGCGGAAAUGCGCCAAGCCAUGUUUGUUGCUGUCGUCGGCGAUGACGUUUAUGGAGAGGAUCCGACGAUAAAGGCAUUGGAACAGAAAGCGGCUAAGUUGUUUGAAAAGGAAGCAGGUCUGUUCGUGCCCAGUGGCACCAUGGGCAAUUUAUUGGCUUGUAUGGUGCACUGUCAUCGGCGUGGCACGGAAGCAAUUGUGGGUGAUUUAUCUCAUGUCUACCUCUAUGAGCAAGGUGGCGCUGCUCACAUCGCUGGCAUACAAUUAGCCACAAUACCCAACAAAGCGGACGGCACAUUCUGCCUCGAAGCACUGCGUCGUAAGGUGCGCUUGGAGGACGAUCACGAGCCAAUUACGUCGCUCAUAAUAGUGGAGAACACACACAACAUAUGCGGUGGCAAGGUAAUACCGCUGGAGUGGCUCGAUAAGCUGGCAGCUCUAGUUAAUGGCGACAAACAGCUGCAACCCUACGGCAAGCGUGUGGCACUGCACAUGGAUGGUGCGCGCGUCUUUAAUGCGGCCGCAGCGCUGCAGGUGCCUGUGGCGCGAAUUGCGCGCGAUUUCGAUUCGGUUAAUUUCUGUUUGAGCAAGGGGCUAUCGGCACCGGUGGGCUCAGUGCUGGUGGGAUCCGAGGCUUUCAUUAGGCAAGCUCGCCGUCUACGCAAGGCUCUUGGAGGUGGCAUGCGUCAAGCUGGUAUUCUGGCGGCAGCCGGUAUUGUGGCCUUGGAUACUAUUGUGCCGCGUCUGCGAGAGGAUCAUCAGAAGACUCGACGCAUAGCAGAAGCCAUUCACAAUGCCAAAAGUCCCAAUGUCUCCGUCGAUUUGGCGACCGUACAAACGAACAUUUUGCUUAUUCAUCUGCCGAAAUUCGGUGCUACUGCGUUCAGCGAGCGCUGUAGCGAAGUGACGUCCGAGGAACUUGCCGCCGGCGUGUAUGCAUCGCACAAGGAGCACGGUAUUAAGUUGAAAGUGAGCGCACGCGAUUGGCAAUUCGCUCGAAUUGUGUUGUAUCAUCAGAUCAGCGAUGCGGAUGUCGAUUUGGCAAUCAAGAAAUUCAAUUAUAUAAUACGAAAUGUCGACGUCGAAUUGGCGGAGUAACUGUCAUGUGACAUAAAGGUGAAAAAAAAAAUAUUUUUUUAUUUUUAUUAAACGACAUAGAUACAUAAGCACCUCUUUUUCUUUGAGUGGAUGGUAUUCAUAUUCACUUCACUAGACGCAACACUUUAAUCAAAAUAAUUUAUUUAUUUGUCCAGAAAGUCGACUUUUCUUAUCUGAUUGAUUUCGGUUAAUAAAGAGGAGGAUUAUACAUAAUAAUAUUAUAUUUGCGGGGCUAUUGUGCACGUUGGAAUUUUUUACAAUAAAAAUCA